AUCCGCAUCCUUGUGCGAGUGAAUCGUCCGCGCCAAAAGCGUUUAAAUGAGUGAUAUAAGUCAGAAAUGUUUCGGCAAAAAUGGUGGAUUUUCUAUAAGCUUUAAUCAAGACUAUACAUCGCUUUCCGUGGUAUCCAGGACGGGAUAUCGAUUGUUUUCGUUAGCAUCUGUUGAUCGUGUCGAUGAAAUCUUCUGCAGUCAUGACGAGGAUACAAAGAUUGCCGAGCGGCUGUUUAGUAGCAGCCUCGUUGCGGUUGUUACCGCUAGUGAACCGAACAAGCUUAAGGUGUGUCACUUCAAGAAGGGGGCGGAAAUCUGCAACUACGGCUACCCGUCGGAGAUCCUGUCGGUGAAACUGAACCGAUCCCGGCUAGUGGUAUGCCUCGUGGACAGUAUUUACAUUCACAACAUCCGUGAUAUGAGACUGCUACAUUCCAUCAAGAACAUGGCGCCGAAUCCGGCCGGUCUGUGUACGCUCUCGCUACUAUCGCACCUCGCCUAUCCGGUGUCGACCGAGUGCGGCGAGCUGCAAAUCUUCGAUGCGGCCAACCAGAUGCGCCGACUGAAGCUGCGGGCACACGAUUCACCGCUGUCGGCGCUGAACUUCUCCUACAACGGCGUACUGCUGGCGACCGCUUCGGAGAAGGGUACCGUCAUUCGGGUGUUUUGCGUGAAGAAUGGCCAGAAGGUGCACGAGUUCCGACGGGGUGUGAAGCGGCACGUUAGCAUCGGUUCGCUUAACUUUAGCACCUGUGCGAGCUUUGUCGUCGCGAGCUCGAACACGGAAACCGUACAUAUCUUCCGGAUCGAUCCGAAAGCAAUCGAGCAGGCGGAACGUCGCCAGAGCAUUGCGGUGGAUGUUGCCGCCGGUAAUAAUGCUAGCAGCUCGAGCGAUGAUGACGAAUCGAAUGGAAGCGAUCCGUCGAGUACGGCUGCUGCUGGUGGUGGUGGAUGGGGCAUGGGAUUUCUGGCGAAAGCCGUCACGAGCUACCUACCGACGAAUGUCGUGACGGAUGUGUUUACGCAGGACCGUGCGUACGCUACGAUACAGCUGGCGGAGGCUGGACUUCGGUACGAGUGUGUGAUGGCUAAACUGGAGAAGGAGACGCGCUUACUGUUGGCGUGCGAGGACGGUUUUCUGUACAUUUACAGCUUCGAGGAUUCGAAGGGUGGCGAAUGUAAGCUCAUUCGUGCGCAUGAUCUUCGUACGCCAUUGCACGGCAUUACCGAGGUUGACAUCGUUGGCAAUGAAAACGAUGAAAAUACAAACAGCCUGAACGUGACGAACAUGACGAAAUCGAUGCUGCCCGCACCGGGCACGUAUGCGGGCGUUCUGAAGGGACGUCCGGCCGACCGGAUGUCAGCAGACUCCGACUGGUGUCAUGAUCUGCGCGAAGCGGUAGAGUACCCCGUAAAGGUGACGGUGCCGAUCUACGAUGAGAUGCAGUUCCCACCGGUCACGCCGAUCACCGUCGAAUGACUAGGCGGCGGCAAGGGCUG